CUCUUCUCUCUUAAUGAGUUUAAAGUGUACUUAUUAGAGCUUGCAUAUUCUAAUAUUUGAGGUUUGUUUCAGGAGGUUUUAGUUUACAGGAGGUUCCACAGCACCUGACCCACCCACCAGUAGCAGCACCACCCCAGGCUGUUUGUCCUGAGAGCUGGGAGCAGACGAGGAGAGACGGUAUAGUGAAUCCAGGACUGACUGAGGAGAAGUGACGACUGAGGCCGACCGGGACAAAAGGAUAGCAGGGAAAGACGGAGAACACGAGCACAGCACAGCAGGAGCAGAAACCACACAGCCAGCAGGAGUUAUUAGCAGGAGGAGUGUUUAACGUUUAACCAAAGAUGACUACAUACACAGUGACUCUGAAUGGCCCCGCUCCAUGGGGCUUCAGACUACAGGGAGGAAAGGACUUCAACAUGCCACUCACCAUCUCCAGGAUAACUCCGGGCAGCAAGGCAGUGGGCGGCAGCCUGUCCCAGGGCGACAUCAUCUCAGCCAUCGAUGGGGUGAGCACCGACGGGAUGACUCACAUGGAGGCCCAAAACAAGAUCAAGUCUGGCGCGACCAAGCUGUCACUCACCAUGCAAAAAUCAAGACGUGCUGCAGCAUUUUCCACUCCAAGAAUGGAAUCACCCAUGCCAGUCAUCGCCCACCAGAAGGAGUUAGAAAAAGUGAAAGAGGAGGUCGGGCCUAAACAUUUUGGAGAGGAAGUUGAAAUGGUGCAGGCAGUGUCCUAUGACAUUUUCCAGGAAAAAAAGCCCUCUGAAAGGAAUCUCUUCCAAGUUCCUAAAAAAGAUCCGGAGCUCCUCUCGACCCCGAUCAAAGCUCCUGCCUCCUCCACACCAUCUGCAGUAUCUUCACCAGGCCAGUGGAUGCAGUACAAUUCCCCAGUGGGCCUUUACUCCCCCGACACUCUCAGAGAAAUGAUGCAGAUGCAGGGCAAGUUAGGACAGGGGUCGGCAGCUUCCCGGGGAGUUUCAUCACUGGGCACGGAGUACACUCCCAGCUUCAACCCCAUUGCUCUGAAAGACUCGGCCCUGUCCACUCACAAACCCAUUGAGGUGAGGGGUCCGGGGGGAAAGGCCACCAUUGUUCACGCUCAGUACAACACACCGAUCAGCAUGUACUCACAGGACGCCAUCAUGGACGCCAUUGCAGGGCAGUCGCAGGCCAAAGGACACGACAGUGAGGAGGCGGGCUCCCCAUUGGGCGGAGCUCUGCCGAUCAAGGACUCUGUGGUGGACUGUGCGUCUCCGGUUUACCAGGCAGUGAUCAGGCCAGGAGAGAACCAGACAAUGGCUGAAUGGGCUCGUCGUGCUGCCACCCUGCAGUCCAAGAGCUUCAGGAUGCUGGCCCACAUCACCGGCACUGAAUACCUGCAAGACCCAGAUGAGGAAGCCCUGCAGAAGUCGAGAGAUAAGUUUGAGUCGGAGAUGAAAGGGCCCCGCUUUGCCAAGCUGAAGAACUGGCACCAAGGACUGUCUUCACAGAUCCUCAACGUCCAGGUAUAAAGAGGAGAAAGAUAGAGGAGGAGGAGGACAUGCAGAGGAAGACAUGGACAAAGGCACAGAAGUUAACAAGAAGAGGGGAUAAAUAUGGAGGGAUAAAAAAGGAACAGGAGGAGGAGGAAACUCCUCAGGAAUGUGAGAUAGUGGUGUAGUCUACAUUAGUAUGUGAGAUAGUAACUGUUAGUGUGAGAAUGCUAUGUGUUCAUAAGCUCGAAAUUACCUGUCAACUGUAUCUGUCCGCUGCUAAGACCUGAUCCCGCAUUUGGGAUUUUUGUUUCCUGUUUUUUUUGGGGUUCUGUCUCUCUUAAAUGAAAGGCAAAUUGUACAAAAAAUAAUCAAGUGAAAAUGCAGAACUGAUGUUUCUUUUAGUACAUAAACCGCAUUCACAAACGUAUGAAUUUUAACACUAAGCAUGCUUCUGAGAAGGCACACAAGGACAAAUGCACACGUAGAGAUUAACGUACGUGCACAAAUACAGUAUGUAAAAAAAAAAAUCCACUCAAAAAUGUACUUAUAUCAAUGUGAAUAAAUGUUUUCUUAAAACCAUACGGCUGAGUGAACUGUUGUAAACUCACAAAUGAAGUGAACAUGUGUCACUCUCUAUUUUGGGAAUCAAAAACUGGAGGCAUGAUUGAUAAGGACCUUUCCUGUUAUUUCUAGAGCCGUUGGUAUGGCAGAGGGGGUGUUGUGACUUUGCAGGACAGAACAUCAUUCAGAAAGUAUCUAAUGACAAAAUGACAGAUUAAUAUGACUGUUCAAUAGCUGGUGGUGACAUGGACAAUGACACAACUAUAGUAGCAGGUUUGACAAAGACUGAGAGCUAAAUAUUACUGCUACUGCAAUCUCAAAGUUUGUUUUUGUUUAAUGAAUAUAUGACAUAAAUGGAAGACCGUUAGUGAUUGGACAGUCUCUGAAGGAAAUGUGUUGCUAUUCACAAAUAAAGAAUAUUCUCAAGGUCUUAUGUCAAAA